UGCUUCCGGGGCACAGUAGGCUCGGCCCCUCCUCAGCUCUUACCCUCCUCUACCCGAGGAGGGGGGAGUCGAGGGGGUGGGGAAGAGUUCGUUGUUUGUUUACACGAUGUGAGCGGAAAAAGAGACCAAUAAAGUUUAUUCUGGAAACAAAAGGAAAAAAAAACAGGGGUGACAGAGAAAGGAGACGGGGGCGGGGGCGUGUGGCGGGGGCUAGCUAGGAGAGGCAGCGAGAAGGAGAAAGCGGCAGUUCCGGUGCCGCCGCUGCGGCCGCUGAGGUCUCGGGCUGCUGCCGCCGCGGCCGCUGGGGCUGGGGCCGCCGGCGAGGCAGGGCUCGGGCCCGGCCGGGCAGCUCCGGAGCGGCGGGGGAGAGGGGCCGGGAGGCGGGGGCUGUGCCGCCCGCUCUCCUCUCCCUCGGCGCUGCCGCCGCCGCCGCCCGCGGGGCUGGGACCCGAUGCGGUUAGAGCCGCGGAGCUUCGAGGAGCCCCGAGCAUGCUGUUAUGCUGAAUUUUCACCACAUCAGGAUUCUCCAUCAAGACAUUGGGGAGUAUGCCUUGAGAUGAAUGAAGCUAAAGGAACUGCCCGAAAUUUCCUGAGGAAGUCUUAGUAAUUGCAGAGUUCUCCAUAAGAUUUCUGCUUUGGGACAGCCACACAUCUAAUUCCUUAAAGUACUUUUAUAUGUAAAACUUGUAAAGGAUCAGAACAAUGCCUCCAAGACCAUCAUCAGGUGAACUGUGGGGCAUCCACUUGAUGCCCCCAAGAAUCCUAGUAGAAUGUUUACUACCAAAUGGGAUGAUAGUGACUUUAGAAUGCCUCCGUGAGGCUACGUUAAUAACGAUAAAGCAUGAACUAUUUAAAGAAGCAAGAAAAUACCCUCUCCAUCAACUUCUUCAAGAUGAAUCGUCUUACAUUUUCGUAAGUGUUACCCAAGAAGCAGAAAGGGAAGAAUUUUUUGAUGAAACAAGACGACUUUGUGACCUUCGGCUUUUUCAACCCUUUUUAAAAGUAAUUGAACCAGUAGGCAACCGUGAAGAAAAGAUCCUCAAUCGAGAAAUUGGUUUUGCUAUCGGCAUGCCAGUGUGUGAAUUCGAUAUGGUUAAAGAUCCAGAAGUACAGGACUUCCGAAGGAAUAUUCUCAAUGUUUGUAAAGAAGCUGUGGAUCUUAGGGAUCUUAAUUCACCUCAUAGUAGAGCAAUGUAUGUUUAUCCUCCAAAUGUAGAAUCUUCACCAGAACUGCCAAAGCACAUAUAUAAUAAAUUGGAUAAAGGGCAAAUAAUAGUGGUGAUUUGGGUAAUAGUUUCUCCAAAUAAUGACAAACAGAAGUAUACUCUGAAAAUCAACCAUGACUGUGUGCCAGAACAAGUAAUUGCUGAAGCAAUCAGGAAAAAAACUCGAAGUAUGUUGCUAUCAUCUGAACAACUAAAACUCUGUGUUUUAGAAUAUCAGGGCAAGUAUAUUUUAAAAGUGUGUGGAUGUGAUGAAUACUUCCUAGAAAAAUAUCCUCUGAGUCAGUAUAAGUAUAUAAGAAGCUGUAUAAUGCUUGGGAGGAUGCCCAAUUUGAUGCUGAUGGCUAAAGAAAGCCUCUAUUCUCAACUGCCAAUGGACUGUUUUACAAUGCCAUCAUAUUCCAGACGCAUCUCCACAGCUACGCCAUAUAUGAAUGGAGAAACAUCUACAAAAUCCCUUUGGGUUAUAAAUAGUGCACUCAGAAUAAAAAUUCUUUGUGCAACCUAUGUGAAUGUAAAUAUUCGAGACAUUGACAAGAUUUAUGUUCGAACAGGUAUCUACCAUGGAGGAGAACCCUUAUGUGAUAAUGUGAACACUCAAAGAGUACCUUGUUCCAAUCCCAGGUGGAAUGAAUGGCUGAAUUACGAUAUAUACAUUCCUGAUCUUCCUCGUGCUGCUCGACUUUGCCUUUCCAUUUGUUCUGUUAAAGGCCGAAAGGGUGCUAAAGAGGAACACUGUCCAUUGGCCUGGGGAAAUAUAAACUUGUUUGAUUACACAGAUACUCUAGUAUCUGGAAAAAUGGCUUUGAAUCUUUGGCCAGUACCUCAUGGACUAGAAGAUUUGCUGAACCCUAUUGGUGUUACUGGAUCAAAUCCAAAUAAAGAAACUCCAUGUUUAGAGUUGGAGUUUGACUGGUUCAGCAGUGUGGUAAAGUUUCCCGAUAUGUCAGUGAUUGAAGAGCAUGCCAAUUGGUCUGUAUCCCGUGAAGCAGGAUUUAGUUAUUCUCAUGCAGGACUGAGUAACAGACUAGCUAGAGACAAUGAAUUAAGAGAAAAUGAUAAAGAACAGCUCCGAGCAAUUUGUACACGAGAUCCUCUAUCUGAAAUCACUGAGCAAGAGAAAGAUUUUCUGUGGAGCCACAGACACUAUUGUGUAACUAUCCCCGAAAUUCUACCCAAAUUGCUUCUGUCUGUUAAAUGGAACUCUAGAGAUGAAGUAGCUCAGAUGUACUGCUUGGUAAAAGAUUGGCCUCCAAUCAAGCCUGAACAGGCUAUGGAGCUUCUGGACUGCAAUUACCCAGAUCCUAUGGUUCGAGGUUUUGCUGUUCGGUGCUUAGAAAAAUAUUUAACAGAUGACAAACUUUCUCAGUACCUAAUUCAGCUAGUACAGGUACUAAAAUAUGAACAGUAUUUGGAUAACCUGCUUGUGAGAUUUUUACUCAAAAAAGCGUUAACUAAUCAAAGGAUCGGUCACUUUUUCUUUUGGCAUUUAAAAUCUGAGAUGCACAAUAAAACAGUUAGUCAGAGGUUUGGCCUGCUUUUGGAGUCCUAUUGCCGUGCAUGUGGGAUGUAUCUGAAGCACCUUAAUAGGCAAGUUGAGGCUAUGGAAAAGCUCAUUAACUUGACUGACAUUCUCAAACAAGAGAAGAAGGAUGAAACACAAAAGGUACAGAUGAAGUUUUUAGUUGAGCAAAUGCGGCGACCAGAUUUCAUGGAUGCUCUCCAGGGCUUUCUGUCUCCUCUAAACCCUGCUCAUCAGCUGGGAAAUCUCAGGCUUGAAGAGUGUCGAAUUAUGUCUUCUGCAAAAAGGCCACUGUGGUUGAAUUGGGAGAACCCAGACAUCAUGUCAGAGUUACUCUUUCAGAACAAUGAGAUCAUCUUUAAAAAUGGGGAUGAUUUACGGCAAGAUAUGCUAACCCUUCAGAUUAUUCGCAUUAUGGAAAAUAUCUGGCAAAAUCAAGGUCUUGAUCUUCGAAUGUUACCUUAUGGAUGUCUGUCAAUUGGUGACUGUGUGGGACUUAUCGAGGUGGUGAGAAAUUCUCACACUAUAAUGCAGAUUCAGUGUAAAGGAGGCCUGAAAGGUGCACUGCAGUUCAACAGCCACACACUCCAUCAGUGGCUCAAAGACAAGAACAAGGGAGAGAUAUAUGAUGCAGCCAUCGAUUUGUUUACACGAUCAUGUGCUGGAUAUUGUGUUGCCACCUUCAUUUUGGGAAUUGGAGAUCGUCACAAUAGUAAUAUCAUGGUUAAAGAUGAUGGACAACUGUUUCAUAUAGAUUUUGGACACUUUUUGGAUCACAAGAAGAAAAAAUUUGGUUAUAAACGAGAGCGCGUGCCGUUUGUUUUGACACAAGAUUUCUUAAUAGUGAUUAGUAAAGGAGCCCAAGAAUGCACAAAGACAAGAGAAUUUGAGAGGUUUCAGGAGAUGUGUUACAAGGCUUAUCUAGCUAUUCGGCAGCAUGCCAAUCUCUUCAUAAAUCUUUUCUCAAUGAUGCUUGGCUCUGGAAUGCCAGAACUACAAUCUUUUGAUGAUAUUGCAUACAUUCGAAAGACCCUAGCUUUAGAUAAAACUGAGCAAGAGGCUUUGGAAUAUUUCAUGAAACAAAUGAAUGAUGCACAUCAUGGUGGCUGGACAACAAAAAUGGAUUGGAUCUUCCACACAAUUAAGCAGCAUGCUUUGAACUGAAAUGAUAACUAAGAAACUAAAAGCUCAGUAUCUGGAUUCUACACUGCACUGUUAAUAACUGUCAACAGGCAAAGACUGAUUGCAUAGGAAUUGCACAAUCCAUGAACAGCAUUAGAAUUUACAGCAAGAACAGAAAUAAAAUACUAUAUAAUUUAAAUAAUGUAAACGCAAACAGGGUUUGAUAGCACUAAACUAGUUCAUUUCAAAAUUAAGCUUUAGAAUAAUGCGCAAUUUCAUGUUAUGCCUUAAGUCCAAAAAGGUAAACUUUAAAGAUUGUUUGUAUCUUUUUUUAAAAAACAAAACAAAAAAAAAAAAACCCAAAAUAUAUAGAAAUGAUGGAGAAGGAAAAAGGAUGAUGUUCUCUUUUUGUCUUGCAAAUGUUUUCUGUUUUGAAAUGUGGACACAACAAAAUCUAUUAUUGCAUUAGGUCCAAGUAAACUGGAGUUUGAUGUUAAAUUACUUUAAGAUUGGAAAAUAAUGAAAAUUUCUUAUUUUUCCAUUGCUGUUCAAUUUAUAGUUUGAAGUGGGUUUUUGACUCCUUGUUUGAUGAAGAAAAAUGCUUGGGGUGUAAGGGACUCUUGAGAUUUCAAAAGAGACUUUUCUUUUUUAAUAAAUCAAACCUUUUGAUGAUUUGGGGUCUUAUCUGCAAAGUUUGGGAAGCAGUCACAAAUGAGACCUGUUACAAAGUGGUAUUUUGAGGUUUUUUUUUUUUUUUUCCUGGACAGUAUUUACAAGAAUCUGAUUCUUAUUUCCCAGGGAAAUUCUGGGCUCCCUCAAAGUAAAAUAAUCAUCGUAGAGAAAGAAUGAGCAGGAAUAAUUUUUGCUCCAGAAUUGUACAGUAUUCACCUUAGAUUGACUUUUUUUUCUCCUUUUGCAAUGAAUUGAAUACAUUUUUCAUGCAUGUUUUCCAGAAAAUAGAAGUGAGUAUUAAUGUUAUUAAAAAGAUUAUUUUUUUUAUUAAAGGCUAUUUAUAUUAUAGAAACUAUCAUUAAUAUAUAUUCUUUAUUUACAUGAUCUGUCCCAUAGUCAUGCAUUGUUUUGCACCCCAAAUUUUUAUUGUUUGUAGCAGCAUGGUCAGCUUUUUUCUUGAUCUGUGGGUAAGGUUCAGGCACUAUCUCAUACCAAUGACUAGUAUAUAACUACUUAAGGAAAACAGAUUUAAAAGUUCUCUUUCCUUUUAUUGUCUUCUGUUUUCACUUGAAUCGCCCAUCUUCCAUCCUCUUUUAUAGUUGAGAAUGCCUCAGUCAUAUGAAAUUAGUUGCCAAAUUAACACAAUUUAGACUAUCUUCCUAAUUGCUUUACCCCUCUACCCAAGUAGGCUCAUGAAUAAUACUUUAUAAUAAGGGGAAUAGAAAUCAUGAACUUUUUACCUUUUAAGGCUAUUUACUCAAUAUCUCCUUAGUAAAAUUAGGACCUUAAACCAUUUUCAGAUCAUGUCCCAUUUCUAAUCAGGGCUCACUUUCCAACUUUAUUAAAUAGCAUUUGAGCACAAGAUACAUUCUUAAACAUUUUGAAAAACAUUAACCCAGAAUGUAGGGGCUCAGGCUAGUCAUCACUCUACAAUCUGAUAUUUUACUGAGUAUUUGAAAUGAAUGAUUAAUGCCCUAGGAAAUAGCUUUAGCAAGUGUCCAGGUGCCACACCAGAAAAAGUGCAAUAAUUUACUGACAGUUUUCUAGACUAGGCUUAUUAUUGGAAUACAACAUUAUGAAGAGUGCAUAUUGUAUACAGCAUCACUUAAGAAUAUCCACUUAUGAAAUCAGACCUAUAGUAGAAGUCUUGGAUAGUAAACAGGGACUCUAAUACAGAUACUCUUAAUAUUUGGCUAUUUUAGAACCCUUAAAGGGCAUAAUUAUUGGAGACUUAGGUACCUCACUAAAGUGUGUACAUAAUAUUGCCAAUAAGAAAGAUUAAUUUGAAAAUUAGGGAAACUUCUCUAAACUGUCUUGGAAUAGUUAAGAAUUUAAACUCUGUUUUAAGCAGGAGACCAGAUAGAUUCUUUUGCAGAUAUCGGAAAUUUCAAACUUAUUAAAACUUUGUGAUUAAUGUUUUUUGUCUUUUAGAUUUAUUCAGUUAAUACAUACUAACAUCCCAGUAUUUUCUGUAUUAGGGAUUAAUUACAGGAACGCUCAGUAAAAUAAUACAAUUCCGAAAGAAGUUUUGAUGGUGGAAACUGAGAUUUUAACAGAGAACUAACUGUGUUUUACUGAGUGCCAAAAAAGCUUUGAGCUUCCUUGUACAAAGUUUAUAUAAUUUUUGCAUUUUUCACAUCAGUCCAGAUAGUCCCUUCCCCUAGGACCUCUCUGCCACUAAAAGACAAGCCACAUAGCUUAUUUUAUCCCAAAUUUUAAGAGUUUUUACAACCAAAUUAAUUCCAUUGGAUGAAAUGUAGACAGAUUCUAUAAAGACUAUAGAUUAAGUGAACUAGCUAAAAACAAAGUAUAUUUCAAACAUAUCCAAGCAGAGUUUAUGCAAACAACAUUAAAAAUAAGGAAAAAGGGGACAGGUAGUACUCAGAAGGCAAGGAACCAAAAAUUGAAUUAAAUAUUACAUGGGAUGACUAGGAUAUGUUUCAAGUCAGUGAUAAUAUAGCUACUUCCAGGUACUUCAGUAUCAGAGAUCAGUUCCUAUCGGCCAAUUUCUAUGACCAACCGUCCUUGUCAUUGAAUGUGGUAUAACUGACUAUUGACCUGACAGGUUCAUUUGGUCAGUUGAGCAAUAUUUCCUUUAAUGACUAUUUUUGAGAAAAGAAAAAUAGGUUUAAAGAAAAUAAAACUUAAACACAUUCUCUCAAGAAAUAAUCAACUAUUUGAAAAUCAUGCUUUAACUUUUUAUCAUAUUUUCAGCUAUAUAAAAUCAUUUAUUUUGAAGACUUUCAGAAUGCUGUUAAUUUGAAAUCUGUUAAUCAUGUUGUAGAAUUUGGUUUUUUAAAAAAGAUGUUUCUAAUUGGAUUUUUUAAAAAAGAAUGGAAUUUGGUCACUAUUUUAUGAUAGAACCUAAGCUUUUUGUGGUUCUUAGUGUCCUCUGUAAAACUUAGUGUCGAAGUAAUCAACUUUUGAGGUUUUCCCUUCUAAUCUGCUUUAUAUUACAAGCCCUUUAGGAAAUGGGAACCUGGUGAAUAUAUAAUGAAUUGUAAAAUAUUUUAAUGUGUAACUUUUUCAACUGUGAAACUAUGACUAUUGGUUUUUUGAAGAAAACAGCUGCUGAUAAAGUAUUUUGUGUAAAGUGUAGUUCUUAUUAAUCAGGAAAAUAAUCAAUUACUUGAUUAGAAUGUAUAUAACCUCUUGGAUUUUAUUUUAAAUGGAUUGGUGAUUUUCACAUAGGUAAAACACAGUCCAUCUGUAUUCUUUUUCCAUCAAAAAUCUAGUGAUUUGGCAUUUAUUUAAAAAAAUUUAUGAGCAGCCUAUGUAUGUUAAAGGCACCAUGGAAAAUUCACAGUACAUAAACUUGGAUUUGUUUCUUAGUGAUUUGUAAAUCCAUUUAAUUCAUAUCCUGAUCAAUAGUCCAUGUUUGCCACAUUUUGAAGAAAUAUAAUUUCCAGCAUUAUUUUAAACAUAACAAGUUAACUUUUUCUGAAUGUUAUAAAUUCCUUUUGUUUCUGUUAUCUGCACAAACUGCAGACCUGGGCUGGACCCACACAUUCAGAAUCCAUCUUAAAAAUUUAUUUUGAUGUCCAAGGCAUCACUAAAAUAUUUCAGUUUAAAGACCAUAUGUGGUGGUAAUGGAUUGUGGUGCUUCUACUAUUUAAAAACAACUUUCAUACUUCAGAUAUUUUUGAGAAGAGGGGAAUGUGAAGGGAGGGGGCAGAACAGGGAGGAGUUGCUUGAAUGAGUUACAUUCUUCAUAUCCGUCUUGCUCGGAUCGGGCACUAAGAAGGCUGAAAGCUGUGAGAGUAUAUUGUGCACACCAUGAGGGAAUUAAUUCUUCAUCAAGGAUGGGAUUGUGAAGGCUGAACUAUACAAAUCAGCACUGACAAAAUCUUCAGAUAAUAAUUCUUGGUGAUAGAGAAUAAUACAGCUGGGCUGUUUUUUAAAAUAUAAAGACAAACCAUUUUUAUUUUUUAAUUAUCAAAUUAAAAAUUGUAAAUGUAUCUUAUGUACCAUGGCCUGGGAAGCCUUUUUUCUUUUAAGAGUUAUUUUCACUUUCUGAAAAGAAUAUAGGGUUCAGCUCAAGAUAACUAUGGUCCUGAUAAAAUUGGAUGGGUAACUCUACCUCAGAAGGUUAAUAAGGAAAAAAAAGUACAUGAGUCACAAUUCAAUACUUUUGGCUCUGAUAUCACAGAAAUUUGGAGAGCACUGUGUUUUAGAUUUAUAAGGCAGAGUUGAUUUAUAAAGUCACAGUUGGCAUGUCCUGUUUUUAAUGGCAUUGGAUACAUUUAGAAAAAAAUGGGUUAAAAUUGAAUCAUUUCUCCAGCCAUUUGGAAAAGGCAGUAGUGCUAGGAGGUUCAUGGUACUAGGUUCCUGAGUUUAGCAUUUGAAAUUAGUUUGUUUUUUUUUUUAUUGUUAGUGAAAUUGAUAUGUGUAUAUUUGCAGACAUUUAUAUUUGUAUACACAGUACUUGCUAACCCUAGUCAAGAGACAUCAUUUAUAAAAGGUGUAAACAUCAAGGUUCUAAAAUUCAGAAGAGUUUAGAAUCAAUUAGGAGUUUCCCAAGUUGGGGUGUUAGUUUUUACAAGCUUAUCUCGUUCAAGUACUUCACUUGAGUAAGGGUUUGCACUUCUUGUCAAUGCAGCGCCAUUCCUUUUGCUUGGUUUUAGUUACAUUCAUAUUUCAGCCAUGCUAGUUCGCAUAAAGAGAUAGUUAUGAGCCAUAAGAAAAUCUUAUGACUUAAUUUUUACACAACUACGCUUAAGAGUUUUAGCAACAAAGAAAAAAAGAUCAGUCCACUGUACAUAUUAGCAUAGAUGGGUGGCUGGUUUUUACUACCAACAGUUGACUCCAGUCCUCCUGUUGGUAAGAAUGGGAAGGAUAAUGCAUUUUGUAAGCAUUAAGUUUAUGAAUCUAUCUAAAAUAUUAUUUAAUCUCUCACUAUAAUAAUUCUGUGGUUAUGCUAAGAGCUGUGUAUAUUUCUGGUGAUUCUUUUGUUAAUCCUUCUAGGAUAGCAAGGAGGCAGAACCUUCACUGUUCUAUUAUUUUCUCAGAAUAUCUUUAAUAAGACUAACCUCUUUAAUUCUAGUGCAGAUUUCCAAAUGUGGUCACUAGCCAUUGAUUUCAUAAGGAAAAAACUCAUCAGCUUUAUAUUCCUAUUGGAGAGCUUGGCCUUCAUGAUUUCUAGAAAUGUUUUUGGCUAUGGAACCAAAGUUCCAAAUGCAGUUAAUGUUUUCAGUGUGGUUGGUUGAAUAAAAUCUGAAAGAAUGUAUCCUUUUAGAACAUAACACUUCAACAUCUUGGGAAUGUGACACUACCAUAGACUACUGACACCUCCAGUGUUGACUUUGGAAGCUUCAAAAAGGAGCUCCCAUCACCCUCUUUAGCCCCAUUUAUUGUCACAAAUCUAUUUCUCUAUAUUUGUCUUUCAUUGAGUUAGAGUCGUGUAGUAUACCACAUUAGUUAGGAGGAAAAUGUUUUAAAUGUUCUUUUAAUGAUGGCCCAAAAAAGUAUUUGACACAGCAAGUGCAUGUGUUACUGUACUGAGAAUACAGAAUAAUAACAGUGUCACUAAAUUUAAGACCUUGUCCCAGUCAUGCUCUUCCUGGCAAGAAGUUUGGCCUGUGACUGCACUUAUUGUUUGUGCUCAUCAGAAACUGUCAAUGUCUGCUUUAACUUUGCAGUCUGUAACAUCACGCUGUUUAUUAAAAAAAAAAUUACUUUAA